AUGUUGGGCUCAAACAAAAAUAUAGCAACGGUUGCGGGCAAUGUUAGCCACCUGUGCCGCUACCUCGACGAACCCGUACCCCUGCCAUACCUGGCGUACAUCGUGUCCAUCGGUGACUAUAAGUUUGGUAUUUACCUGAAUUAUAUCGACGAAAGAGAGUGUGAUAUAUCGGUUGUCAAUGAGUUUGGGACCAAAGAAACAGUAGAUGUGCUGCGAAUCGUCGACUAUAAAACUGAGGCGAGAUAUGGGGUCCGGGCUUUGGACCCGAACUUUGUGGACGACAAUCGUGUGAAAGAGCUGCCGGUGAGAGACGCCGAGUUCAUGCGCGCCGUCAGGGCUGCGGUACUGCCCGGCAGUCAACAACUGGUCGACUGUACAAACAUUGAGUUCGUUGUCAUGCAUUUCGGGCGCACCUCUCGGGUGAUCGAGUUGUGUCUCAAGGAAUUGGGUUUUGUGAAGGGCCGCCACUUUACCACAUAUGAGUGUUUGGCCGCCAAAGGCAGUGAACGGCAACUGUUUUCGCCCGCAUUUAAACUGAACGUCGACUCAAAAGUAGCGCCGGACACGUCUCGGCUCAUCGUCGGCCUGAGUAACGACGGCUGCCAACUGUUUGUGUACGAGAAGGGCUCUGACGGCAAGUGGACGCUCUUCACGCACGAAGAGUUGGCCCAUCUGUUGCUGUGGUGGGCAAACGUCCGCUACAAAUACCACAAAGCCAUCAGACAGGCCAGAGGGCAACACCGGGAGCGGCCCUGUCAUGUGUACGGACUCAAUGAGCACAGCACUGGUUUUGUAGCCAAUUUCUGCGCCCGAGAGGGACUCACGUUAGAGACGCACAGAAAUAUGGCAGACUUGUUGAUCAUCACCGAAGAUGUGUAUCAGAAGAGGGUUACGGCUGUCGAUCCGGCGGACUAUGAAAGCGGUGCCGUCGAGUACUACGAGACACCGCCCGACCCGAUGCUCAUUGUCAUCGGCACUGACGGCCGCUUUAUAUGCGAUCCCGAGUAUAUGCCUGUUUGGGACGGCAUCGGCGCCUCUCUGCACGUCAUAUAUAUGGCUAUAUAUCUGAAUGGCAUCAUUCGGGGCACUCUUCGCAGCCAUUUGGACAUAAUUCACAAAACAUGUCAGCAGUAG